ACGUUAUUUUGGAAAUCAAGUGUCAGGUCGAAUGACACUGUUCAAUGACUACGGCUUUUUACUGUAUACAUUAAACGUUGUAACCAACGUCAAGGAAGUGAAGAGCAUUUAAGGAUUCGUGAACUUAAUGGAGUCGCAAUAUAACAAGUCCGGUGAAGUAAAAUUGACUGCGUAGACCUAAUAAUGCUUUGGAUGGGAUAAACUCUUAAGCCAUCAUUUGACAGAAUGAGUCAAAGAUUGGCUUCAAAUACAUGGGUGAAAGUAAGCAGAGGAUUUAAUUUGUGGCAAAUACAUGCUUACAAGUCAGCAGCAUCAUCUGUUUUGUCUGGUACCUCUCACUGUAGGGUUCAUGUUCAGCAGUCUGUUUGCUACAAGACUGGGUAUCUCAGCCGGAAACAGAUUCUGUACCAGAGGAUCAAAACUCGUAGAGGAUGGAUUUUUAGAGCCAGCCAGGUUAAACACAGGCUCAGACUCCACACCAGCACCUUGCAUUUGAAUGCUUCAGCCUCACGCUGGUUUGCUGGCCUAAACCAACACAUGUCGCGGGUCAGAAACACGCUGGACACAGUUUCUAAAGCUGUGAGUGGGACCCAUACAGAACUACUCUCCAAAAUUGCCAGACUCAAACCCAGUGCUUUCAAAGCUGGGAAAACCACUGAGGGCAAUGUUGAGCCAGUCCCAAAAGCAGAAGAGAGUGUGGCGACAUCUACCCCUGCUCCAAAUAAUGCCACUUUGACAUCUGCAUCUCCUACACCCAAACCUCUAACUAGCUCAUCUUCUGCCACUACUUCUAUCCCAACACCUGUUGUUACACUUGAUGCAAAUGCCACCACUACCUCCACACAAUCUCCUAAUUUUUCUCAACCUGCUGUCCCUGCCGCUGUUUUGACAAUGCAACAACUUAAGGAUAAAAGGCAGAGGCGUGUUGUUGCUGCUGUCAAAGCUGGUAGCACAAAAAAGCCAGAGGAGAGUAGACCAUCACCAAGUGAUGCUGAGAGCACUUCCAGUCAGUCCACGGCACUGUUCCAUCCCAGCACAUUUUCAGUCAGUUUGGAUGAAACUUAUAACUACCUGGCCCAUCACAUUAACUCAUACUUUGGCAGCGCUACAAAACCACAAGACAAGAAAGUCGACAACUUAGAGAAUCCUACUCCAUCUUCUCAGGAUCAAAAAACAACUGACCUCAUAACAGUAUGUGAUAAAAAAGACUCUGCUGCUUCAGUCACUUCCACCUCCACCAAGAGGGGUCUAGGACACUACCUAUCCUACUCAGCUCCAACUGUGCAAGCCUUUGUAGGGAGCUACAUAGCUCCUCUGGUCCCCAAGUUCAGGACAAGCUCAGAAUCCAAGAGUGUUAUGGUGGAGGAGAAGAAGCCUGAAUAUACAGCAGUGAAACCAGUUGAAGCUACCAUGACUAAAGAGCAGAAAGCAGCAGAGGAGAAAACCAAGAAACUUCUACUCCAAAGGGAAAAGAUCAUUGCCAGGGUGAGCGUGGAUAAUCGAACUCGGGCUCUGGUCCAGGCUCUCCACAGGGCCUCAGAUGUGAGGGUCUACAUCAAUAGGGUCGAAGAUCUCAGCUACCACCUCCUUGAAUUUCCAGAAACUCGGGGUGUUGCAGUCAAGGAGAGGGUUAUUCCAUGCCUUCUUCGUCUGAAACAGGCCAGUGACCCAGGUCUGAGGGCAGCAGUUCGAGAAGCCCUCACUCUGGUGGGCUACCAUGAGCCUGUUAAAGGCCGAGGCAUACGUGUCCUGUCCAUAGAUGGAGGGGGAUUAAGGGGACUUCUUGCCCUUCAAACCCUACAUAAGCUAGAGGAUCUGACUGGCAAACCCAUUUACAGGCUGUUUGAUUAUAUUUGUGGUGUCAGCACAGGUGCCAUUCUUGGAUUCAUGUUAGGCAUUUUCCAAAUUCCAUUAAAUGAGUGUGAUGAUCUUUACCGGAAGCUGGGUUCAGAUGUUUUCAAACAAAAUGUCAUCGUUGGUACUGUAAAGAUGAGCUGGAACCAUGCUUUUUAUGACAGCGAAGCCUGGGAGAAUAUCCUCAAAGAGAAAAUGGGCUCACACCUCCUGGUUGAGACUUCAAGAAACCCCAAAUGCCCCAAGGUGGCAGCGAUCAGCACCAUUGUGAAUAGAGGCACUCCUCUGAAAGCCUAUGUGUUCAGGAACUACAACCUACUGCCCGGGCUGCGCUCACACUACCUGGGGGGCUGCCAGCACCAGCUUUGGCAGGCUAUUCGUGCCACAUCAGCAGCCCCUGGGUAUUUUCAGGAGUUCACCUUGGGGAAUGAUCUCCACCAGGAUGGCGGUCUGCUGAUUAACAACCCUACAGCACUUGCGGUCCACGAGUCAAAGUGUUUAUGGCCCAAUACCCCCUUGGAGUGUGUGGUCUCACUUGGCACAGGGCGCUUUGAAAACGCUGGCAAGAACAACACCACCUACACGAGUCUCAAAACCAAACUCACAAAUGUCAUCAGCAGUGCUACUGACACUGAGGAGGUUCACGCUAUGCUCGACGCCUUCCUCCCGCCUGACACUUAUUUCCGCUUCAACCCCUACAUGAGCGAGGAUAUUUCUAUGGAUGAAAACCGGCAAGAGAAGCUGAACAUGCUUCAGGCUGAGGGCAUGCGAUACUUGGAGAGGAACGAAGAGAAGCUGAAGAAGGUCGCGCGCAUCCUCAACCGGGAAAAAUCCUCCAUCCAGAGGGUGGCAGAGUGGGCCAGGCUCAGGACAGACAUGUUCAGCAAUCUGUCCUUUUCCUCCUCCAAACUGUAAUCCAUGCAUCCAUUUUUACCUCACAGAAACAUUUCCUCUAUUAUUCUAAACUGCGUAGAGUAUAAUCAUGCCAUGUUUAACGUGUCAUCAUGACUUCUUGACCUCUAACUCUGAAGAACAUUGUGCACAUGUAUCACAGGUAUCUGACACACCAGACAGUACUUUUGUCCAAAUGUCAGACACCAUAAUAACUGUAUUUGUCACAAUUUUGGCAGCUUUACAUUGCCAUAUAAAGAUGUGUCAGCAGACAUUUAGAUUUAGGAGCAAUUUCUCAGCAGUAUUGUACAUGAAACAUAGAACACUGUAAUGUUCAACACUACCUUUUAAUUGAUGUAAUUUUGCUAAAUAAGCACUGAAGAAUUUGAUUUUUCUGAACUUUGUUAUGACAACCACUGCAAUCUCACAAACCUGUCUUUGUAUUUUCACAGAAAAAAGGUCUAAUUAGGUUUGUUUCUGAAGUGUAGCAUUUGUUAUAAUGAGCUGCCAACACGUACAAAUGUAAAAUAGAGGAAAAAAGAUCUUUCCUACCUUUGUAAAUGGUCUAAUCAAGUUGAAUUUGAGCGCCUAAUGUGGGUGGCAUUUAUUAGUUGUCAGGACUAAAUUUUGCACAUUUUAACAAUGCAGCUACCGCUCUGCUGUGCAAUUGUAUAAUCAAGCAUCACAAUAUUGCUUAUAUUGUGUAUAAAUGUGACAUAUAUUUAUAUAUUUAACAGUUUUCACUGAUUGAAAGCACUUAAAGCCAAGUAAAAUUCUAAUCAAAGACGUGAAAAUUGCAAAGAUUUACUCCAAUGUGCCACCGUAUGAUAAAUAAAUGACUAAUAUUACUGAUUAAUAUUAAUAAUGAUGAUAUGAUCGAUGAUGUAAGUAUCCAAUCAGACCUCUAAGGACAUACCCGUACUAUGUUAUUUCAGCUUCAUGGUAUUUUAGUUCACUUGUUUUAAACCUUUUUAUCGCCGUAUGCAUGGUUGUUUGGUUUUAUGGAUUCACUGCAGGCUAUGCACAUUUUGUCUGUCUUCAGUGUGCCCUCUUUCCCUUUGAUGCCUCUUCUCAAAAGCCUCUUUCUCCCUUUUCUACCUUGAGGUGCUGUGUUUCAAUCCUCAUGCUGCUUUUCUUUAGUGCUGGUGAAAUCAUGCAGGACUUCAUUCUUUAUUUUGAGGGACCGGUAUGGGACAGAUUGCUGCUUAAUGAUUUGCUAUAGUUGAAAAUAAUCCUAUGUUUGUUACAUUGAGCGCUUAAAAAUGCACUUGAGAUACUCAUUUCUAUGGCCAGGCUAAGUACUGUACAUCUAGAUUGUGUCAGACACUCGGAGGUAUAACAGACACAGAUAUGACUCAGAUUAAUAUAAUUCCACUGUUCUCAUGUUUGUCCUGUAAAGACUGAAAUUGUACAUAAUUAAAACCCAUUACUGAAUGUCA